AUGUGCGUCCCGGAGAAUGCCACCUGUGAUGAGAGCAAGUUCACCUGCGCCAAUAUGAAGUGCAUUCCCCGACUGUGGGUUUGUGACGGUGAUCCUGACUGUCAGGGGGGCGACGCCUCAGAUGAGGCAGAGUCAUUCUGUGCGGUGCACACCUGCGGUCCGAAUGAGUUCCGCUGCGGUAAUGGGCGUUGCAUUUUUAAAACGUGGAAGUGCGAUUUCGAAUCUGAUUGUGAAAAGGGCGAAGAUGAAGAGGACUGCAGCUAUCCAGCCUGCGCUGAAGGCGAGUUCACCUGCGGUAAUCACAAGUGCAUUCCAAAGGUGCAGCUGUGCAAUGGAGUUGAUGACUGUAAAGACGGCAAUGCGACUGAUGAAAAUCACGCAAACUGCCCGAAAAACAGGACCUGCCCGGCUAACCAUUUAAAGUGCACCAAUACAAACAUCUGCGUUGAGCCGUACUGGCUGUGUGAUGGAGACCAAGAUUGCCCGUCGGGUACCGACGAGAGUGCCCUCAUCUGUUCCCAGCGAACGUGCCCACCAAACAGUUUCCGUUGUCCUAAUCAUCGUUGUAUUCCGGCCACCUGGCACUGCGACGGAGACCAAGAUUGCCCCGGGGGAGAAGAUGAACCAGCCGAGUACUGCAAGAGUGAAAAGAGGACCUGUUUUGGCGACCUGUUCACCUGCGACAACGGAAAUUGCAUUCCACGCAUAUACCUCUGCGAUAAUGACAAUGACUGCCUCGACAACAGCGACGAGGAUGAGCGGCACCAGUGUGAUACUCGAAAGUGCGACCCAGAGCGGGAGUUUACCUGUGAGGAGAACAAGGAAUGGGGAAGGGCGCAGUGUAUUCCGCUGCGAUGGAUCUGCGAUGGUGAGCCAGAUUGUGUUUCGGGAAGUGACGAAAACUCUACGCUGCACGGCUGCCCGCCGCCGCCAGAGUGCGAAAAGGACCAGUUUCGCUGCAACAACCGACGGUGCAUCAGCAAAGAGUGGGUGUGCGAUUUCGACAACGAUUGCGGAGAUGGUACUGACGAGCACCGGAACUGCGACUACCGAGCCUGCCACGCCACGGACGAGUUUACCUGUCGCAACGCCAAGUGCGUCAACCUGCGAUAUGUUUGCGACGGGGAAAAUGAUUGCGGCGACAACAGCGACGAGAUGCUGCCCCGGUGCAACACGACCUCGGCCAGCACACACACCGCCAAUGGCGGCUGUCCGGCGGGGCAGUUCCGCUGCAAGAGCGGCACACCGAUGUGCAUCGCCGACGAGUUGGUGUGCAACAAAAAGUUAAACUGUGAUGAUGGAAGUGACGAGCCGGCGCACUGUCACGUCAACGAGUGCGCCACCGUGGAGAUGAACCGGUGCGAGCACAAGUGCGUGGACACGCCGGCCAGCUUCUACUGCGAGUGCAACGCCGGCUACCGCCUGGCCAAGGACGGCAAAGCCUGCGAAGACAUCGACGAGUGCACCGCCGUCCGCUCCACCUGCAGUCAGUACUGCGAGAACACGCCCGGAAGCUACUUCUGCAAGUGCAAUGAGACGUACUACGAACGCGAGCUGGACGGAAAGACCUGCAAGCGGCGGGACAACGUCAAGCCGUGGAUCAUCUUCAGCAAUCGGUAUUACCUGCGGAACGUCAGCAUCGACGGCACGCUGUACAACCUCAUCAAGAUGGACCUGAAAAACGUCGUUGCACUGGACUUUGACUACCGCGAUGAGUACAUCUACUACGCCGAUGUGGGCAACAAGACCAUCAAUCGAAUCUUCAUCAACGGCACUGGCGAGCAGAACCUGAUUCGCCACGAGGCACACGGCCUGGAGGGCAUCGCCGUCGACUGGGUGGCCAGGAAGUUGUACUGGAUGGACCGCACUAGCAAGCACAUUGAGGUGUCCGAAC